CACCGCGGGGGCACCGCAGCCCUGUGCCGGGCGGGUCCCGGGGCUCCGCUGGAGGGGGUUCCAGCAGCGGGGGUUUGGGGGGCUCAUCCCGCAGCCGGCUGAGCAGGAGACCGGAGCGCCCAGAAGGGCACCCUCACCCUCAUCUUGGCCAGGACCCCCAGCUGCUGGAGAAGACCCCAGCCACCCACAGCGAGAGCAGCGAGAGCUUCAGGAGCCCGAGUGCUAUGGCCAUCCACGAACGGAGCCCCCCGGGUGAGCACCGCUUCUCCUGCACCGCCUGCGGCAAAAGCUUCACCCGUAAGGGCUCCCUGAUCACCCACCAGCGCAUCCACACUGGUGAGCGCCCCUUUGCCUGCAGCCACUGUAACCACCGCUUCAGCCGCAAGCAACACCUGGUCACCCACCAGCGCAUCCACACCGGCGAGCACCCCUUCACGUGCGUCGAGUGCGGAGACACCUUUAGCCAGAAGGGCAACCUGACCAAACACCAGCGCGUCCACACGGGCGAGCGUCCCUUUGCCUGCACCGACUGUGGGAAGAGCUUCAGUCGGAAGAGCUCCCUGAUCGCCCACCAGCGCAUCCACACCACCGAGUUCCCGUUCGCCUGCACCGACUGCAGCAAAGGCUUCAGCCAGAAGGACGCCCUGAUCAGCCACCAGCGCAUCCACAUGGGUGAGCUGCCCUUUGCCUGUGCUGACUGUGGCAAAGCCUUCAGCCAGAAGGGUGCCCUGAACAGACACCAGCGCAUCCACACCGGCGAGCGCCCGUUCGCCUGUGCCGACUGCGGCAAGAGCUUCAACAUGAAGAGCACCCUGAUCAGCCACCAGCGCAUCCACACGGGUGAGCGCCCCUUCCUCUGCAUGGAGUGCGGCAAGAGCUUCAGAGAGAAGGGUGCUCUGAUCAAGCACCAGCCCUUCCACACCAGCCAGAAACCCUACAAGUGUGACGAGUGUGGCAAGACCUACAAGUGGAAGUAUGACCUGAAGAAACACCGGCGGGUGCAUCAGGGCCUGGAGGUGAUGCCGGAGGGUGACCAACGGGAGGAGGAGUGUUUGUCCCUGGCAGGGGAGCAGACAGAGGCCAAGUCCUUCCAGUGCAGCGGCUGCAAGAAGCACUUUAAGGAAGAGGGAGCUGUGCUGGCUCACCAGUGCACCCCCAGCACCCACAGCCUGCGGCUUCCUCUGCAACGCGGUGCCCCCUGAAACUGUUGCUGAGGGUCCUGUGGGGCACUGGGGGCUCUGCUGCAGGGGUGGCUGUGUGGGGACAUCCAGAGUGAUGACUUGAGCCAGCAGUGACAGGCAGCCAUGGUCCUUUCCACCACCACCUAUGGUUUGAGAAGCAUCCUCAGGAGUGUGGGCUGGAUCCUCCUGAGCUGCUCCCUGGGGACACCCUGAGCAGCUGGCAUAGCGCUCGUUGGUCAGGGUGAAGCAGGGAAUGAAGGGGUUAACCAACAGAGGUACUCAGGAACAAGAAUUGAAGGCAUUUUUCAAGACAUGGACAGGUUAUCAGGAACGCUGGGGGCCCAGGCAGAAGCCCUGUGGCUGUGCUUCAGUGAAAAAGGAGACUGUCCAAGGCUAAGCGUUCCUGCGGUUUGGAACACAGCCAACUCAGCUAAGGCAAAGAGUGGACUUAUGAUGAUGGAAUACUGGAAAUAAUUGUAAUAGUAAUGCCCUUUUAGCGAACUAAUUUUAAUAGCCUAGCCCACGUUAAGGAAUACGUAUGUCUUUACACUAUAAAUAGCUGCUUGUUAGACCAUGCUGUGUGCAACCUAGGAGAAAUUGCCCCUUGCGCCCCAGCUGACAAUAAAACAUACCUGCUUUAUAACUCCCCUGAGUUGUGAAGUUUGAGUCCGCGAGUCAAGGGGGUUCAUCGUUGUCGCCCCUUCCGUGCUGUGCUGGGCCCUGCGGUGCCGGCAGCUGCUGCGGGAGAGCCGUGAGCGCAGGAGUGGCUGCCAGGGCAGGGGAAACGCAAGACCCGUGUCCCAAUGUGAUCAGCAUGGCUUACGGGACAGAGGGGAAGAUGCUGCUUUCUUUUUCCACCUGGACAGUGAAGAUAAAGCUUCUUGGUGCUGAAGGUAUUUGCAGGGUCUCCAGGGUAUUUCUGGGUCCCCUGGGCAU